UGCAGUGCUGCUUCAGUUGAGGCGUGUUUAUUUAUAUUGAUCUAGGAUUUAUGUCUUUGCUAGGUCAUGCUCUUUUGUAGCAAGCGUGCGGUCAGUAGCACUGUAAAGAAACUCUGUUUGAGUAAUUGAAGAUUUGGGUUGUGGUUAGGCUUGUUUGUCUUCCUUUUUGAUCCUUUGUCUCCUAACAGAUUGUUGAAGAAGACGAGAAUGGCGUCUAGGGUAUUUUCAGCGGCUAAAAGGGGGUUUUUAAGGCCACGCUCAUCAUCGUUUAUGAAUUCCAGAUCUCAACUCCUCGUCUUCAACCGUACAUCCUGUUUCAUUAAUCCACCACCGCUACCGCUGCUCCAUAGAUUGAUUGAUGUAAAAUUUACGCAUCAUGAACGGGAAUGGAAGCGUAGAAUGAACAGCAUGAGUGCUGAAAGUGCUGAAGUGCAUAAGAUGAACUAUUCCCCCGAAGCCAAUGCUAAAUUGGAGAAAUGGAUUCGUCAAGUAGAGAAUGCAAAGGCUAUCCGAAACCAAUGUACAACAGAUUGGAAACUGGGAUAUGAGGAUCAACAGCAAAGAGUAGAUCACUUAUAUAACGAACUGAGGGUUUCUUCGGCCGAGUACAGGGUCAAAUUGGAUGAAAUCUUGCUUGCAGGAAAGGUGACAAAGGCUGCCUUUGAUGAAUCAAUUGAUGAUGGAUCAAGUUUUGCGAAGGGUUCUUCGGCUUUGGAAAAACACCUUGAUAAACCUAAUGAGAAAACCACGCAUCUAAUGGAGGUGAUUGCAAGGACUGAAGAAGCUGUGGUGAUUGCAAGGCCUGAAGAAGCUGAGGAGGUUCGCAGGGCAUACAGAAAAUCGAAAAUUCUUGUGGUAAUCUUAAUCUUAUCUGUGGGUGUGUAUGAGUUUGGACCACUCUUUGUGCUGCUGUUACCAAUCUUACCUCUGCUGUUACGAAUCUUAAAUGCACUUAUCAAGCCACUCCUUGUGGUCCUCUUACCUCUUCUCCUACCACUCGCUAUGAUGCUCUCACCACUUAUCCUGCCACUCGUUGCGAUGCUCUUACCAUUUACCCUACUUGGUGCGGUGCUCUUACCGGUGCUCUUACCAAUCUCAUUUGUGGCUAUUCUUGUGGGGGGCAUACUUAUCAUUCCAGCUGCAAUUUUAUUCCUUUUGGGUGGGUUUCGUACUCACAAUAUUCAGCUAGAGCCAAGCAUUACUGAUGAUAGACUCAAAUAAAGUCUCAUUAAGGAAUUAAAUUGUGAUAAUUGGAUUAAUAUGCAAUCUUAUUUAGUAGUUUGCAUGGGUGAUAAAAUGUAAUUAUAUUGUGAUA